AUGUCUAUAAACCAACAUAACUACCAAAAUACCAUAACAUCAUCAACAUCCGAAGUCAAAAACGUCAAGAGAUGCAUGUUAGAACAUAAUUAUUCGAAAUUUUCAAAACGAAAAAUCACUAAACGAGAUAAAAAUGUUCCUGAGGUUUGUCAUUGUUGUUAAUUAUAAUAAAAUUACUGGUAAUAUAUAAUAUAUUUUUAUAUAUUUGUCUAUUCUUAUAGGUCACGGAUAUUGUUGAAAUUCAAAAACCAGUAGUUGAACUAAAAGAGUCUUUGUUUGUUAAAUCUAAAGCAAAUCUCAGUUCAAUUAUUUUACCACGAAAAUGGUUUAUUGAACUGAUGGUGAAUAGCAUAACUUUCUUCAAAUUAAACGAUACUUGUUUUCCUUGUAAAAGAUAUCUAGAAAAACAAUUGACAUUAAAUAAAAGUACCUAUAGUAUACAAUUAAAUUUAAAUUUUAGUUUUAAUAUUUUAAUGUAUAUUUAUUAGGGUAGUUGCUAUUUAUAUGGGCUGACAUUGUUUAUAGUAGAUCCUUAUAUUAUUUUAUGUAGGAAAUAAAAAUACCUACAAAAUUUGAGAUCAUUUAUUCAUUUCCGUGUUUAAAAGGAUUAGAAAGUUGAGAAAAAAGGGUUUUUUAAUUUAUAGUUCAAUAGUUAAAGUAAGAAAAAAUAAAAAAAAUCACUAAAUACAAAUUACUCACAGUGCAAUACAAUUUUUUAUUUAUGUAUUAUUUGAAAUGUUUAAAAUAUGUAUUAAGUUUAAGGGUAUUACAAAAUAGUAUAAUUUCAUUCGCUUUAUGUUUCAAAUUAUUACAAAUUUCAGUAUUGUUUUUGAAACUAUAAUUAUUUGUUAGGCAAAUUAAUUUCUAACUAUUUUUAAAUUUUUUAAAAAUGGAAUGAUCUCCAAUUUUGAAUCUGAAAAAGUAGCUUUUAAAAUAAUUUCCUACAUUAUAUGGUGGCAUUAUUUAUUUUUUUACUUCUGCUGCUAUUCACUAACUGUCAUGUAGUUUUAAAUAUUUUGAACAAUAUUUGUUGGAUCUUGAGUUAGUAUUCUUGCCUUUCCCCAAAACAUCAAACAUUUAUCAAUAAUAAGAAUAGAACUUUCUUGUAAAUUUAACACUACUAUGCGCAUGUUAUAAAAUAGUAUUUGCAGGAUAAUCAUUUAUCUUAAUUUGAAAUAUAAACAUAUUUAAAUUUUAAAAGUAUUUGUGAUUAAAUAUUUCUGUAAAUAUUUGUUAACUCAUAAAAACUGAAAACUGUAUGUAAACAGACCAUCAUGUAUAUUGAACACAUUUUUGGUGGAUGGGAUGGAACAUCUGGAAAAUAUUGUUUUAAGUACCCUCUUUAAAUUUUGGGAGUGUGAGGGGAGUUAAACCACUAAAUUUACACCUUUGUAUGUAUACUAAAAUAUUAAUAAAUUAAUACUACCUAUCAAUGUGUAGUAUUUAAUAAUACGAUUAACUAACUACUUAUUUAUUAAUUUUACAUUUGACCUUUUUAGAUUCGGAAAUAACUUUCUUUGUGAAUGGAAAAAAAUUAGUUCCAAGUAACUUUGGCUUUGUGAAUUAUCUGAAACCAUCAGAUACAUUAAGUUUACAAAAUGUAAUUCAUACAUUUAACAGCAUUAUUAUCUGCCCAGGAGUCCUAAAAUCAGAUCUACUUAAUAUUAAAUUGGUACAGGAAUCCUAUGAUCGCUGGUGGCAUCCAAAUUGUUUACAUGUUCUAUUAGAUAAAAAAAGGUUAAGACUUAUUAAUAUUGAAGUAUGAUUAAUAAUAAUAAUAUUACUUUUAAUAAAAUAUUUUUAUAUUUUAGUUGUCUCUGUUCAUCAUGUAAUGAAAUUUUAAAAAAAUUAAAAACUAAUAGAAGUCAACAGAAAAAGAGAGCCAAUACUAGGAACUGGUACAGUCACCGUAGGUGAGUAGUUGGAAAGGUGAGAUACAUAAGGUUAUUUAAUUUAUACCUGUAACCAACAAUAAACUAUUGAUAACGAAAAAAAAAUCGGUUAUACAAGUUUUAAAAGGUUGUAGAAUAUUUACAUCAAAAUUUGAUUUUAAAACUUAAAUAUAUAAAUAAAAAAAAAAAAUAGUACAUUAAUUCAAAUUUCUUUUUUUUACCACUAAAUAUGACUUAUAAUAAAUCUCCUAUCUAAUUGUCAAGCAUAUCUAUUAAGUUCUAAUAAUUAAUCUACAGAGUAACUACCAAAUAAAAAUUACAUUAAAAAAACUCGUAAAAUGUCUUAAAUAGCUCAAAAAAAAGAAAAAAAACUCAAAUGUUUUGAAAAUUUUACUACAUCUAAGAAAGUUAAGUAUACAUUUUCUGUCAAAAUGUCAAGUCUUUACAUAUAUUUUAUCCUGAAUGACAACAAAAUAACAAAAUUGAAAAAAUAGUAAAAGCAUUAUUUUUGUAAAAUUUUACAUUAUUUUACAUUUUAUUUUCAUUUUUGCUCAAUUAUUAAAAAAGCUAUAAAGAAAAUCGAAAAACGACUUUGUUGGUUUCCAACUAGAUUAAAACUUUAAUACAAAAGAUCUCAAGGUAUAUAUCUAUUAAAUUAAUCAUUUGUAAUAGUUGGUGUAAGCAGUACAAAUUUAAAAGAAUGAAAAUAAUUUGGUGUAAUUUAAGAAAAAUCUUUUAUUCCGUCUUUUUUGGUUUACCAAAUUAUUGUGAAAAAUACUUUAGUUAUGGACAACAAAAUAUUAAUCGGAACAAAAUCAAUAUCUUGAUAUUUUUUUAUUAAAAUCAGUAAUGCUGCUAAUAAAUUUUACCGAUUUACCUAUAAUUUUCUUUUCCAAUUAUUUCGAAAACAUCAAGGAGAGAAUAUUACCUUUCAGAAAAAGUACUUUAAAAUUUAGACUAUCCACCGAUAAAAAUACUUCAGCUAAAGUAAUGAAUAAAUAAAAUUAACAAAAUUACUUUUAUCUAUUCCAACUUAUUAUUACAAACACCAUAGAGUUAUAGAGUCUGUUCAUGUUUCUGGGUAUUACUAAACAUAAUCAGGUUACUUUGGAUUUGGAUUCCAUUUAUUUUCGGAAGGUAAGAGAGGAUAUUAAAAUACAUACUGUAGAAUAAGUUUCAAUUUUUAUCUUUUUCAUUGCACAAGUAUUCAAUGUAAACCACUUUUUGAAUAGCAAUUUAUAUUUUUAAUACUAAAUUCAAACAGUCCUAAUUUUUUAAUACAAUUAUUAGUAUCUCAAAAAUUACCCGAUAUACAACUACUUAAAGCUAGUUAAAAGAUAUGUGAUUUACUGAUUUUUGAUAAAUUUAUAAUGCAUGACUUUUAAAGUGAAGACAUUUGGCUACUGUUUUAUUGGAAAAAGUUAUAUCAUGAUGAUUUUAAAAUAACACAUAUAUAAUGAUAUGUUUCAAAGUUAUAAAAAAAAUUAAUUUUUGAUUAACUUUGGAUGAUUGUGUCUCAGGUAAUUUUUGAAAUAUAAACAAUGUACUGAUCAAUGUUGCUUAAACAAAAAAAAUUAAGACUAUUUGAAUCUAGUAUCAAAACAUCAAAAAUAGGUGUUGAUAUUAAAAAGAAGUUGUUUAUAUUGUGCGUAUGCUUAUCAAAAGGAUAAAACAUUUAAAAUUUAUUCUUAUGUUUACACUUCAAUACCUCCAACCAUCAUCCAAAAGUGUAAUAUUUGGUGUUACCUGGAAAUGUGAAACUGAAUAAUAUAUUUAGCUAAAUUAUUAAUAUGCCUCUUAUAUGUUUUAGAAGCUUAAGUAACUUCAAUUUUUAAUGAGGCAUUGGGACAGUACAUAUUCUGCUACAAAAUUGUACAUUUACUAUGAAAAAUUACCUAUACAAAAAUUAAUUAUUUUGAUCAACUACUCUUCUGAUUCUUAACUUAUACUGGUUCAAAAGAUGUUUGUUUGGAGUUGCUGAAUUAAAGAAAUACAAACACCCAUGGUGAUUUUUUUGAUAAAAGGUACAUUGUUCUUAAAAUGUUUAUUUUUUACUUGAAUUCAUUAAAAAAAAAAAAUCUAUACUGUAUAUUAUGGAUUUAUAAUGAAAAUUCAACUACAGCUGAUAGAACCAUGUGGAAUAGUUUAAGGAUUAUUGGUAAAAAAAAAGUUGUAAAAUAUGUAAUAUAUUUUUAAACAUUAGUGUACAUUUUUACUUUAUUUUUAGUUUCUAAUUUAGAAAUUAUUUUGGAUAUAAGGUAAACCAUUGGUUUAAAUGAUUGAUUAUCUUACUCAAUUAUUUACAUUAUUUUUGCAUACAUUUUUACCUAUUGUUUUCUUUGUUGUUUAUAACUUUUAAAUAAUCUAGUCAUUUGCUGAAGUUGUUGAUCCAACUAAGAUUCAACUACAACUAAUAGACAAAUUUGACAAUUAUUGGUAAAAAAAAAGUAUUAUUAAUUUCUUUAAAAAUAUGUAUUCAUUUUUACUUAAUUUUUAGAUUCUAGUUUAUAAAUUUGUUUGUGUUUAAAGAAAACAUUUGGUUAAAAUGUAUUCCAUUUAACCAGUCAUUAACGUUCUCAAAAUUUUUACAUUUUAUAUAUUGUAUACAUUUUAAGUAAUCUAGUUAUUUCUUCAAAAUUAUUUUGAAUUAGAUAUAAUUAGUUAAAAGGUAUUUAAAUUAUUAUUGGCCUUAGUAAAAUAAUAAUUUAAUAAAAAUAAUAAUAAUACACUGUAAUCAUUUAUUAAUAUACUCAUUUAUUUAUUCAUUAAUUUAUUAAUUUUUAUUACUAUUAUAAUUUACUUUAUAAGAAUAAUGUAGAUACAGUAAAAAGUAAAAUAAUAUACCCAUUGUAAUAAUUUUCUUAUCAUUUUUGUUUGAUUGGAAAAAAUGUUUAUACAUCAAUAUAAUAAUGUGCAUUGUACAUCAAAAAAAAAACAAAACAUAUAUUGCCAACUUCAUUAAUUAAUCAUUUCUAUAAAUAUACUCUUAAAAAGAGAAACAUUUUGUUACAUUUUGAAUCUUUUUGGUGUGUAAGAAAGAUUGGUACAUUUUCCAAAAGAAAUUUUGUGUAAAAUAUACUAAUUUUUUUUUUUUGGUUUAAUUUUCUAUGAAAAUGGGAAAGCUUAAAAAUAAUGAUACAAUCAUUAAAAUAUUAAAAUCCGAAAGCACAUUAUUAUUGAAUAAGCUUUCUUAAAUAUAAACAAGUAAGGAAAGCCUACUCUACAGAGCUAAUAGUUUCCUGAUUGUAACUGUAUGUUAAACAAUAAACUUAAGUUCAUAAUAUACAAUUUUGAAAAAAUUUAGUAAUCUAGUACCUAUAUUAUACUUAUAUGUAGAAAUAGAAACAUAAAUAAAAUUAAUAUUUUAAUUUGUAAAUAAUUUACAAGAUAUUUUUAAAGUCUUUAAGUACCUUCUCCUGAUUAUACUAUUACUUACAUUAAAUUUGAAUACUGCCCAGUACGAAUAUAAAUGUAUUACUCAUAUUUAAAUAAUUACCUUAUGAUGAUAUUUAGACAAGUUUAUAUUUAAAUUAAGAAUAGGUAAUAACAAUGUUAGAAAUAAUAUACAUCUUCUUAUUUGCUAAAUUAACAAUCAAAACUAUGAAUUGGAAAGUAUGGAUGGAUAGAAAGACACAAUGCAGAUAUAAUAUAUCUAAACUCCAAACUUAAAUUUAGCAAUUUAAAAUGUAUAAUUCAUAAUUUAAUAUAUCCUCCUAUAUUUUGUUACAUAGUUACUUAAACAAAUAAAUAAACUUAGACUAUUUUAAAUGUGUUCAAAUGAGCUGUUAAAAUGUUGAUAGUUUUAAUAUUGUAUAUAUCUCUUAAAUGUGUAGGUGAUAAAUAUUUGUAGUUAUGGUAAUAUAAUAGUUGUAAUACAUUUUGGCUAAAUUUUAAUAUUUUGUAAAUUAGUAUGUAGGCCCGUACUUGUGUAUUUUUUCAAAUCUCUCCAGUGGCGUCCUCAGCUUUUUCCUAUAGGGGGGGGGGAAUGAACUGGAUUUUGUUUUGUUAAUAGUCAUAUACAUAAAUUUGCAACUUAUACAUAUUGAUAUAAACAUUGAUAUUUUAAAUGGUUGGUAGUUAGGUAUAAAUAACAAUGUAAAUAUAUAUAUACAUGAUAUACAUUAUACAUAGGUACCUAUUUGUUAAACUAAUAUUUUAAACCUUUUUUUCAUUUUUUUUCAUUUAAAGGGAAUCUAAAUGUUGUGUUGGUACCAUUAUCCGUACAUUUUCAAGUGCUUAAAUAGUAAAAGACAAAAUUUAUGUACACUAGGUAGUAAAAACUGAUUUCUUUUAUCUGAAAUAAAUUCUAAACUUAAUGUAAAUUUAUCAACUUUCAAAAUCUGGAGUUCACAAAUAAGGUUAUACCGUUUACAUGUAUACUUCCAGUCUUAAAAAAACUGUCCUAAGAUAAUGGGGUCAGGUGCAGUCACUGUUAUAGGUAAUUUAAUGUAUUUAAUGUAUUUAAUAUAAUUUAAAGUAACGAUAAACCAUUGCUAAUGAAGAAACAAUACUGAGAGCAGUAAAGUUGAUAAUGAUGAUUUGUCUACAAUAUAUAUGUCAUAUUAUGGUAAAAUAAUUAAAUAGGCUUUAUAUAUUUUCUUUAAUAAUAUUUAUUUAAUGUUGUACCGAUUUUCCGCUUUUUCCUGUGUUUUUCCUGGUUUUCUCAUGUUUUUUCCCGGUUUUUCGAACAUGUUGAGAAAACUCCUAGGAAAAUCGAAAAACUACUUUUUUAAAGUAACUCCCCACUUAGAUUUCCUUUCAGAAAAAGUGCUAUCAUUAUAAAUCGGAACAAAAUUCUUUUUAGAUAAGUUGUACACAGAAAAAAAAAGGCUAUAAUAUUUUUUUACUAAUACAUUUUCCGUUUUUCUGACAUUUAAUCCCGAUUUUUCCCAGAAAUUAUGAAAACCGCUUGAAACAUCAAAAAUUCACCGCCUUAAAUUACUAUGAAGAUAAAAUUUAAUUUUAGAAAAUAAGCUACACUUGAUACAUCGGAGCAAGAUUUCUGGUAGAAAAGUUUGCACAAUAAAUCGAGGGGUAUUUGCGAUUAAAAUUUUAAUAGACUAUUAAUAGUCCGAGGCAGCGAUGGCUGAUUCUCUACUUCUCUAGGUACAACCAAAAUGCAUUUUUUUUUUCAUUGUUUAGGUAAAAGAUGAAGAAAAUGCAAAACAUUUGGUUCAAAACGUGGAUUUGAACUCGAGACGCCUAGGAUGA